CGCCGCUUCUCUCUCUUCCUGUAAUCUUCAGCGUUAGAUUCUGAUAAAUUAACGUUUUCUGAAUGCUCUUCCCUUAGAAUUUUCCUCUGUUCAGGAGUAGUGGGUCAUUUUCAGUUCUUUGAUUUAAUCAACAGCCAUGGUGAUUUCUGAUGAGAACAAUCCUAAUAUCAUGAAACCCACUACUAAUCAAGAAGGUUUAGAAGAGACGGGUGUCAGGAAAUUCGGACAGGAGAUUAGGCAACCCAGGAGAGCAUUGCGGGUUAUUAAUCAGAACUUAGUUGGUCCACAAGCAUAUCCUUGUGUUGUUAACAAGAGAGGCUUGUCAGAAAGAGAUGACUUCUGUGAAAAAAACUUGGCUAAUCCAGCGCAUCGGCCAAUUACCAGGAGGUUGGCCUCCCAAAUAUCUAGCUCUCGCGAACAAAAACCACCAUGCCCAGAGGAGGAGAGAAGGAAGUUGAAACAAAUCAUUCCAAGCAAAAAUGUGGAAGAGCAAGAGAUGAUACCAGGGUUUGAUCAUCCAAUACCAAUGGCUUUAGAAGAAACAGAUGAAUACGAUCCUAUGGAGGAGGUUGAAAUGGAAGAUGUAAUUGCAGAAGAUCACAUUAUGGAUAUUGAUAGCUGUGAUGCAAAGAAUCCAUUGGCGGUUGUUGAGUAUGUGGAUGAAAUAUACGACUAUUAUAGAAAAAUGGAGAGUUAUAGCUGUGUUUCACCCAACUAUAUGGCACAGCAGAUGGAUAUCAACGAGAGAAUGAGGGCUAUACUAAUUGACUGGCUCAUUGAGGUGCAUGACAAGUUUGACCUGAUGAAGGAGACACUGUUUCUUACAGUAAAUCUCAUAGACAGAUUCUUAUCCGAGAAAGCAGUUGUAAGAAAGAAGCUUCAGUUGGUUGGUUUGGUUGCAAUGCUCUUAGCCUGCAAGUAUGAAGAGGUUUCAGUUCCCAUUGUUGAGGAUUUGGUUCUUAUAUCAGACAAAGCCUACACCAGAAAUGAAGUUCUUGAUAUGGAGAAAUUGAUGCUUAACACAUUGCAAUUCAACAUGUCAUAUCCGACACCAUAUGUUUUCAUAAAGAGAUUUCUCAAGGCUGCUCAAUCCAAUAAAAAGGUAGAGAUGUUGUCCUUCUUCUUGAUGGAGGUGGCACUUAUAGAGUAUGAGAUGCUCAAGUUCCCACCAUCAUUGUUAGCAGCAGCAGCUAUCUACACAGCUCAGUGCAGUAUUAAUGGGUUCGGGCAGUGGAAUAGGACAUGCGAAUGUCACAGUCUCUACUCAGAAGAUCAGCUCCUAGAAUGCUCAAGGUUGAUGGUGAGUUUCCAUCUAAAAUCAGGGACAGGAAAACUCACUGGAGUAUACAGAAAAUAUUGCACAUCCAAGUUUGGGUAUACAGCAAAAUGUGAACCUGCACAGUUUCUUUUAGAGACCAAACCAUAAGAAGCAAAGCCAAACCAUAAGAAACUGCACAAUUUCUUUGAUUUUACCAGAUAAUCAUAAUAAAUAAAUAUAGCAACUACUGUUGCCAAUUUCUGUAUUUUUCACAUAGCCGUGGUUGGCCCUUUGUAUAUGUUCUGAUUGAACAUAAUUUAGACUUCAAACUCAAUUAUGUUGAAACAAAUAUUCUUUUAUUUUGGUAAAAAAUACUGCAAGUUAAAAACAU